ACUAGAGUCAGUUUCAGUGAUCGUUAUUUGUCGUUUGCAAAAAGCAUUAAUUUUAUUUUGGCUAUUUAAGUUUUUGGUUUUCGUUGUUUUUAUUCGUUUCAUGUAACAUUUUUCAAAAUGGAUGGUGUAAGUUUAGAGAAAUUCGAACAAGAAUUGUUAAAAAAGCAGAAGCUGUAUCUGUCACUUAUACAACCUAUAAUACAAGAAUUAGUGGACGAACAUAAUGAGUUUAUGAAAAAUUUGGAAGCAUGUAAACCACCACAAACAGAGGAUGUUUCUACCGUAGGGCGACCAAGAAGAAAUGUUGCCAAAAGUGCUUCAAAUAAAAUUUCCACUCAAGCACAUCUAAAAAUUACGAAACUUAGAAGACCUGAUGAUAAAGAUGUAACGGGUAAUAUUUAUGACCCACCUGAUAAUAAAACAUCAAUUUUAGAAAGUUGUUCUAAUAUCACACAGGAUAUUUCAGUUCAAAUUUUAAAUAAUGAAAGACCAGAGAAUUCUGAGAAUACUGUCAUUUCAUCUGAUGAAGAUGAAGAGGCUAUGCGUGCUCCUGCAAUAGAAAAAAGAGGUAGGAAAAAAAUUCGAAAAAUUAAAGCUAAAAAAUUAUCAGUGCUUAUGAGUAUUAAAGAAGAAGUUGAAGAGGAAGCUCAAGCAAAUGAUCAAACACAUGCAAUAGAAAAUAUUGUCAAUGAAACUAUUACCAUAAAUGAUCAUCAAGAAAUAAAUGAGGAUAAAGAAUUACCCAAAAACGAUUCUGGGUUAUCUGUUUAUCAAGACGCUGUUACUACUCAAGUUAUUGCAGCAGAAUUACCCAAAAACGAUUCUGGGUUAUCUGUUCAUCAAGACGCUGUUACUACUCAAGUUAUUGCAGCAGAAAGUCCAAAUGAAUUAUUUAAUUUAUCACCUCCGUUGGAAGAUAUAAAAGUUAAAAUGCAUAUAAAAGAUGUAGUAAACGCUCCUGAGCCCAGGUCGCAAGUGAAAUCAAGAGUCCAUGCUUUGGAGAAAGUUAUUGCCUCUAAACAAAAAAUGCCCUCGGCUAGGGUUACUCGGACCAAAUCCCGUAUGAAUAAGGAAAAUUUACAGCUACAUUCAAAUAUAGAUGCUUUAAAUACAAAACCAACAAAAAUACAAUCUGCUCAAAAAUUAACAUCUACCAUAAAAGUAGCAAGUGUCUCUAAGAUAGCUACUCUCUCUGCAAAGAAAUUCAAUUCAUCAAAAAAUACGACUCACAAAAUUGUUAAGAAUACCAAGCUCGUAUUGCAGCCCGCACAAAAGUCGAAGUCAUCUGCCAAAGAUGAUUUUUUGAAGAAGCAGGCUAGGAAAGAGAAAGCUUUGAAGAAAAAGGAGCAGUUGCUCCUAGAAAAACAGGAAGAGCGGAAACGCAAACGUCUAGAGAAGGAAAGAUUAGCUCAACAAUCAAGAGAACAACAAGAGAGAGAAAAACAAGAAAAAAUUGCUAAAAAAAAGGAAAGGAAACAAAAAUUGAUACAAGAGAGAGAAGAAAAGGCCAAGGAAGAAAUGCGAUUGAAAAAAUUGCAAGCGCAGCAAAGAGCGCAGGAAGCUGAAAUGCGAAGAAAAGCAGAAGAGGCAGCAAGGCUUGAAAAAUUGAAACAGAAACAAGAAUAGCAAAGAAAAUUAGAGCUGAAGCACGGCAAGCUGCAAUUAUAAAUCAAGCAAGAACGUCAACAAAAUUAGUAGAUCUGUUGUUUAAUGUGAAAGCGACCACACCGGAUUUGAGAGUUAUAUUCCCAGGAAUUAGCAAAGACAAAUUAAAUCGAAGAUCUAGUGCUGUUUGGAAGACACCUCCGAGGUACUCAAUGCUACCUCGAUUUUAGAGAUAUUUAAA